AUGACGCCUUCUGACAAGAGCUCGACUCACGUCCAGCAAGAGAGCUUGAGUUUCAGGCCCCGCUACUGCCUGCAGUGUUCCGAGUUCGAGGGCGGCUGCCCAGACAGGAGAAGAAACGAAGGGGAGGACGGCGCAGGCCUAAAAGAGGUAUAUAAGGCUGGGAAACUCACUGUUUUUGCGAGCGAUUGUCAGCAUCCUGACCACCCAGUUCAGCUGGAUUUUCACUUUGCACGGGGCAGCCAAGGCAGCAACCACUGGCACGGUCUUCUCCGAGGACGUGACCUGUUUCUUGACACGCCUUGCCACAUCCUGGACCUUAACAGCCGUGACAGUCUGGUGGCGACUCUGGAAUACACUGAAGAAAAAACAGAAGCAGACCGGGUGAUUGUGAACUUCCGCAAGUCUCGGCAGGACCGGAGAGACCUGCUCCGGGCCUUUGGUUUCUUGGGUUUCAACCUUCUGCGGCCAGACGACCCCACCCUUCCCCCCUGGGAAGAUGCCAUCUUCAUGGUCUACCCCAUGGACCGAAGCCUCUGCCUAGAGGAAGAGUAAGCAAGCUCAAGGGGAGGCGCUUUGGACAGACAGGAUGGGGCCGAACAGCGGGACAGCCACCUUCGAUGCACUCCGCUGGGAACGAUUCCAGCCGCCAACCUGGCAUCUUUGACCUGCGAGGUGGCAUUAAACGGGUGUGAAAGCUUGA